UUUCAUAACAACGCAGUCACCCUUAAUCGUAACCUGGAAAAUCUUCAAAAUCAACUAUUGCAUGAAGUAGAUUUUCAUUUUAAUGUCAUUGGAGUUACUGAAACAAAAAUCACCAAUGCUAAUUCACAAAUGUGCACAGCACAUAUACCUGGCUACGUAUUUGAAUAUGUUCCAACGCCUCUGGCGUCUGGGUGUGUAGGAAUGUUUAUUGAUGAAUCGCUUGAUUAUCGUAUUUUAGAGAAGACCUCUAAUGAAGUUUUUCAGGUAUUCUGGGCUGAGUUCUCCUUUGUGAAUAACAAAAUGUUAUUUGUGGAAUCUUUUGUAGACAGCAUAACUCACUGAGCUGAAAUCUUUCAAUCAUUUUUUGAUGAGACUAUUGAAAAACUUGCGUCCUCUGGGAAACACAUUGUAAUCAUGGGUGAUUUCAACAUUGACCUUCUAAAAUGCGCAUCAUCUUCGUAUAGUCACGACUUCUUGUCUUCCCUUCAAAGUUGUUUUCUCUUUCUCUCAAUCGACAAACCAACACGUGUUCGCUCUACCUUCGCCACCCUAAUUGACAACAUCUUUAUUAACAAUCCUGAUCACGUUGCAGCUUGUGGAAAUAUAAUCUGUGAUAUAAGUGAUCAUUUUUCCCAAUUCUGGGUUCUGAAAUCUAUAAGGGAUAAAAUUAAGAUUAAAAAGUCGAAAGUGUAGGACUUUUCUAGAUUGUCAAGGGACAGUUUUAACGUUGAUCUCCCUAAUGAGGACUGGAAUGCACCUAUGAAAACAAUUUCAAACCGCAAAGCAAAACAACUCUCUAAACCAUGGAUUACCGAA